GAACAAUGCUACAUCUACUUUGUUAUGUUACAAACGUCAAAAACACAAGCGUUUCAAUUUUAUAUUAUAAGUGCGAUUUUAUUUUGUUUGAAAAAAUAUAAUAGAUAAAGGUCCAUAUAGACUGGUAUGUGAUACCUACUACUUCUUAGUUAGUAUCAGCCUUUAAUAACUAGUGAGGUUUAUAAUUUUAAAAUCACAAAACAUAUUAAACAGCUUAUUAAAAUUGACACCGCGUAUUAGUAAGGAUCUCUUUAUAUUAUAACUAUGUUUAGAUUACUAAAAUAAUCAAAAAUAAGUGAAAAAAACAAUUUAAUAACAUAUAUAAUGAAUGCCGAAGAUGAUCACAAUUAUGUGAGUUCACGCAAUAAUAAUAGUAACAGUGAUUAUAACCCAAAUUCUGAUGAUUUGGAAAUUAAUCCUCAACGUCCACAAAACACUGAUCAUGAUUACUUAGCAACGAGCCCGAACAACAUAAAUUAUGCAGAAAGUGGUGAUAACAUAGAUGAAGCAGUGAGACCUGCAAAUGAAGUACAAUCAAAUAUAAAUUUAGAUGUAAACGUUCAAGAAAACAACAAUGUUCCAAAUAUAAAUGAACCAACUUCAAGUAGCAGCUUAUCUACACCAACAGGUCAUGUAAAAAAAAGAAAACGACUGUCAUUAGCUUCACCAAAUGCAAAUACACCCAAAGUUAAAGCAAAUACGAGUGAUAUAGAUUUAGAUGAAGAAGAUGGAAUCACUUGCCCUAUAUGUUUGGAACAUUGGGAAAUGUCGGGAGAGCACCGACUGGUCUCUCUUAAAUGUGGGCACUUAUUUGGAAAUUCAUGCAUACGGCGUUGGCUAAAUGAAAGUUCAAAACAAUCUGGUCACAAAUUAUGUCCGCAAUGUAAAACAAAAGCAACAUAUAAAGAUAUUCGAUGCCUUUAUGCCAAACGUUUGCGUGCCAUUGAUCGCUCAGAAGAAUACUCCUUACGAGAAAAAGUAAAGCAAGAGGAGUGUCUUAUUCUUAACUUAAAAACAGAGUUAUCAACAUAUAAACUAUCUGUUUCUUUAGCAACAAAAAAAAUUGAGUCUUUAGAGGCUGAUAACAAUCGUUUAAAAGAAAUACUUCGUAAGGGUGGAGUAAUAAAUUCUUCAUCGACCUAUAGUUCCAACAAUGUGCGUUGCUUACCUACCUACAAAUUAUUUCUAGAUCGUAAUAUUGAGAUUUGUAAAGAGUCUGGUUGCCGUGUUAUGAUUAAUGCUGACAAAAAUUCUUCACUUAUCGUUUCUCAAAAAAGUUCACAAAGUCUGUUUCCAGGUUAUGGUGUGCGAUUUAUAGAUACUCAAACAUUUCGAACAAGUAAUUUUUUACAUACAUCUGCAAAAUUGGUGCGGGAUAUUUCGUUAAAUUUUAGUCAGCAUGUUCUUGCAACCGCUAGUAUGGAAAUAAAAACUAAAAUAUAUGAUAUACGUACACGUCAUUUAACAAUGAUGUUAUCGGCAUCCGAUAAUUCACUAUCAUGGGCUUGUGCAAUGGACUAUAGUGAACGUGAGCAUUUUAUUUAUAUUGGUGGUAAUUUGGGAUCUACAUUUAUAUAUGACAUGCGUUUUCCUUCGGCAGUAUUGGAUGAAAUUAAAAAUGAAGGCGAUUGUAGUCCAGUGAUAAAUGUGUGUCCAAUUCCUGCCAAUAAAUAUUUUCCUAACGCUGGCUUUGUGGUGUGCAAGUUACGGUCAGUGUGGUUUCAUGAAUAUGAGUCCAGUGAUGGCACUGUAAAAUCUACCCGUUUUGAUAUCGAAGGUCCAUUUAUAUCAAUGAAAUACGAUGAUAGAAAUGAUACGUUGCUUAUAUCAGCAAGGAACAAUGCACGUUAUACAUGUGCGCGUUACAUAUUAGGAAGAUUAGAAAAAAUAGAUGAAACACCUGUCUUUAACACAAUUGUUAGUUUUUAUGGUUCUAAAGCAUCACCAGUGAUGACACGCAGUACUCAAAUUGGCCUAACUGAGAACACGCUUGUUGCGGGCUAUUUACAGGAUGUAAAGAUGUUAGCGCUUUUUGAUGAAAAGCGUUCUCAAAGAAUACAUUCUAUGCCUGUUUCUGAAAUAGUGUAUGACAUUUGCGCAAUUUACGGUUCUGACCCAUAUCUAGCAGCGCUAACCGAGACAAAGUGUCGUAUAUAUAAGUUAACUUCUACGUCAUAGUUGACAUCGAUUGAUUGUCGAUAUUACUAAAUCAAAUAAAAAUGUUUCGUUAUUUAAUAUUUAUUACAUUAAAA